AUGGCCCAGCCAGUUACACCUCUAGCCAAGGGACAUCGACAGGUGGGAUGGUCAAACUCAAGGAAUAGAACUGCCAGAAUGGAUAAGGAGGACCAACCAGAGCAGCAGCAGCAGCAAAGAAGAGAAGACGAAGAAGAAGGGGAAGAAGAAUGGAGUGGUGCAUUUGACCCGUUUGCUGACCCAGAGGAGCGGAGGGUACUGUUUGCCUCUCUGGACUCCUUCAGACGGCGGCAGUCGUUCUACGCUCUACCCUCGCUGCACUGGAAAACCCUUGCCGCGCCACCCUUUAACCUGCUCGAGACAUUCAACAAGGUGGACGACGCCAUUGAUGCCAAUGCAGAGGUAGCUGAGGCCAUCCUCGACUCUGCCCUGGAGGCAUUUCAGCUUCCCCGGCACCCCCAGGCUGAGGACAGCGCAAAGGAAGGCCAUGGCAGAGACGUAUCAUGGCAUGACACAGCUACUUCAUCAGACGUGAGCAAGGCCAACUCUACGAUCCGCCAGCUAUACCGGGACUGGAGUGAGGGGGGUGCUGUAGAAAGAGAGACAUGCUACGGCCCUGUCAUGCGAGACUUGCAAGAUGAGUUUGGAGAGAUGCCUGCGCAGGGCACCAGGGUGUUGAUUCCGGGGGCUGGGCUAGGUAGGCUGGUUUUUGACGUUGCAAUGGCCGGUUUCGAUGCAGAAGGGAAUGAGAUCUCGUACCAUCAGCUGGUGACAAGUAGUUGGGUGCUGAACCGGACUAAACGCAAGGAAGAGUGCGCUAUAUACCCUUUUGUGCUGCAUUUUUCGAACCUGCGGACUCGUCAGCAACAGUUCAAGAAGGUCCUUGUACCGGAUGUUCAUCCUGGAUCCGCAGUCAGAGGAUACGAGGCUGACGCUGAAGGCAAGGAAGACAGCCGGAAGGAGACGAGGAAGAUGACGGGAUCGAUGAGCAUGACAGCUGCAGAUUUUCUGUUACUGUACAAUGAGGAGUCGAACAGAGAGGCCUUCCACGCCGUGGCUACGGUGUUCUUCAUUGACACUGCGCCAAAUCUGAUACGGUACAUCCAGACGGUGCACCACUGUCUACGGCCGGGAGGCAUCUGGAGCAAUGUUGGCCCGCUACUGUGGCAUUUUGAGGACAGACCAGCUCCGUCUGCUACUACUACUACUGCUGCUGCUGCUGCUGGUGAUAGUGGAAAGGUGACAGAGGACGCAGCCGCUUCUGCCCAUGCCCCGGGUGACGAUGAUCUCGAGAGGGAGUAUAGACAUGGUCACAGCCACAACCAUAGCCAUAGCCAUAGCCACCAUAGCCGAGGGCACGGUCAGGGAGAGGGAAUAGCAGACCCUGGAGUUGUAGAACUGUCGCAGGAUGAAGUCCUGGCGCUGAUAGAGAGGAUGGGCUUUGCCGUCGAGAAGGUCGAGGAGGACAUAGGGGGCUGCGGCUACAUCCAGGACCCCGACAGCAUGCUCUUCAACACCUACAAACCGAUCGACCGUCUUUUCUUCUCUUUAUAUAUAACAGCGUUUUCACUCUCUCUUUCGGCUCUGCUGUCUCUUCCUGCUCGCUGCGGCUGUGUCUUCCUCCAAGAUCCUUACGACGACGACGACGCCGCCGCCCGGCGCAGCUCACUGGCCGUUAGAGAACCCCACCACCAAGUCCUGCAGCGCAGCCUCGUUGCGCCCUCAGCCCCCCGGUCAGAAGCGUUUGUUGCUUUGCUCUGCGUCGACUCGACCCUUUUUCCUCCCUCGUUCUCUUUGCUCUGCUCCCUCUCGCUUCUCUCAGCCUCGAACGGAAUAAGAGAAAAGGAAAAAAAGUACCAGGGAGAAGAAGAACCCCCAGCCGUUGCUCCCUGUACACCCCGUAUUGCUCCCCUCCGCCCUCUCUCUUCCUCUCCCUCUCCCUCUCUUCCUUUUAUCCUCUUCUUCUCUUCUUCUCUUCUUCUUCUCUUCCCCCUCUUCUCCCUCUUCCUCUCCUCCCUCUCAUCUACUCGACACCCCCGUUUUAUGGAUCUCAUGAGCUCUCGAUUCAAGCUCGGUUUUGGAAACAAGCGCAAGAGUGGCUCCUCUCUCGCUCCUACAACCACCGCGACCAACACCCCCCCAAACGGGUCACCCUCGCAGCCCUCGCCGCCGCCAGGCAACACCUCCAACCCAAACGCCUCGUCCGCCAGUCUCCCCAUGAACCCGCAGAACCAUCUCGGCCGCCCGCCCAGCUACACAUACGCUCCCGGCGCCCCCAGGCCCGCCAGCCCGCUCCCGCCUGGCGGCCAGCAUCACCCGCAGCAGCUCGCCCACCAUCCGCCGCCGCUGAACACGGGCGUGGGUGUGCCAUACCCUACCGGAGGCGGCAUGUCCUCUGCUCCUCCGCCGCCAGGGUAUGGUGGCUACCCGCCUCAGUCGACCGGCCAGGGACAUGGCAUCCCACAGCCCCUCGCGCCAUUUCGCGGCCAUACCGGGGAGCUCGACAACCAGGCGCGCAGCAAGGCCCAGCUGAUUGUCGGUAUUGAUUUUGGAACCACUUUCUCCGGUGUUGCUUAUGCCUUUGCUACCAAUACCGAGGCCAGGGAGGACAUUAUCACUGAGUGGCCUGGCGCUGGCACACAUACCAAACAAAAGAUACCUACCGUUCUAUACUAUGACCAGUAUCAAAAAGUCGUAGGAUGGGGCCCUGAUAUCGCGGAUGCACUCGCUCCCACCGGAUACCCCAAAGCAGGCGUACAGAAGGUCGAAUGGUUCAAGCUACAGCUCAUGUCCUCUGGUGGAAACACCUAUAUAGACCCCAUAAACCUACCCCCGUUACCGCCAGGCAAAUCUGAGAUAGAUGUGGCCGCAGACUACCUCUUCCAUCUACGCGGGGCCAUGCGCAACCAGCUCCAGAAGACUCUGGGUGAAGUUUUCAACCGUGAAGAACGCAACAUCCGCUACUUCUUGACCGUCCCCGCCAUCUGGAACGACGCUGGAAAGGCUGCUACCCGUGCGGCUGCCAUACAGGCUGGCUUUCUGCGCGAUGAAAAUGACAAUCGUCUCACCUUGAUCACCGAGCCAGAGGCCGCGGCCAUGUUCUGUGCAAAGACAGGUUUACUCAAUCUCAAAAUCCAUGAUGCCAUUCUCAUCGUUGAUUGUGGUGGUGGUACAGUCGAUCUCAUCGCCUACGAAGUCGAUGAGGAGACCCCUUUCAGCGUCUGCGAGUGUACGGCUGGAUCCGGCGACAGCUGCGGUUCUACCGCGCUCAACCGUAACUUCAGCAACAUCCUGCGCGCAAAGAUCCGAAAGAUGAAGCUGCCAGAUGGAUCACGUACGGCCGGGAAGGUAUAUGCCAAAUGCAUAAUGGACUUCGAGAACAGAAUCAAAGCCGAUUUCAGAAAUAACGGACAGAAGUGGGCCGUGGAUGUUGGUAUCGAGGCUGAUUUCCCUGAAGCCGGCAUCGAAGAAGGCUACAUGACUUUCACCAAUGAAGAGAUUCUGCAGUGUUUUGAGCCCGUUGUCAAUCGCAUUUUGGAGCUGGUCAGGAACCAGAUCAUUGCCAUUCAGGCACAGAACAGACCACUACAGAAUGUCCUUGUUGUCGGUGGAUUCGGUGCAUCAGAGUAUCUUUUCCAACAGAUAAAACUCCACGUCCCUCCACAGUAUCAGUCCAAGGUCGUCCGCCCCAUGGAUUCCGUCGCCGCUAUCGUAAAGGGUGCAGUAACCGCCGGUAUCACAGAGCGUGUCGUUACCUCCCGCGUGGCUCGUAGACACUAUCUGAUGGCCACCCUGCAGCCCUUCAAGGAGGGUCACCACCCUGAACAAUACCGUGUCCCGUCUCUCGAUGGCAAGGAUAGAUGCAAGUACACGCGCCAGAUAUUCGUGCAAAAGGGCGAGCGUAUCAAGAACGGAGAGCCUGUCAAGGUCAGCUUCUUCAGACAGGUGGCGCCAGGAGCGACACUAAUGUAUGAGGAUAUCUUAUACGCGUGUGAUGAGGAUGUUUGUCCCGAAUAUACAAAGGAUCCACGGAUCAAGGAAGUUGUCACCCUUACAUCCGACCUGUCUCGCAAAAACCUUGAAAAAGAUUUUGAACGCAUGGACACUCCUCAGGGUACCUUUUACCGAGUGUACUUCGACAUCUAUCUCACCCUUGACGGCAGCGAGUUCAACGCUGAACUCGUCUGUCAGGGCGAAGUCAUGGGACGUUGUUCAGCAAGAUUCCGAUAA